UAGCGCCAGAAGGUUGUUUGAAGUUAAAAUGUGAAAUAUAUUGGAAGGGGGACGAAGAUUGAAUAAGAUCUAAGCUUUAACGCACAUAUCUAGGCAACUGAUGGUGAUGAUCUUUUUCAACAAGUCAAAUAAAAUAGUCUGGCGUUCAGUCAAUUACAAACGAUGUUCUGGCUUCCGCACCUCGAUCGACACAUCUAGAAUAGCCCACGGUGCAAGAUUAUAUUGCAGGCUAAUAAGAGUAGAUCUUCGUUUUAAGGUUUCAAAUUGACGUGUGGAAAAGGAGGCGACUGGAUCACAUUUUCUUCGUAAACAGAAUUGAAAAGGGAGAAAAGGCUGCUCUGUUGUAACCUAAUCCGUGCCCUUCUGGCGUUAGAUAGCCCGGAGCGAGAAUUCUUUCAGCCCUCCUCUUGUUUGGAGACGGACUGACGUUUUUAUGAGGAGCUCGACGGCUUUAUAUCAGAAGACAGACAAGGACAACAAGGACACGUAGGCUACGAGACGCAACAAACCUACAUAAAUCACACAUACAAUUGGAAGGGAAAACAGCUUUUUAUGUCUUCAGUGUCAGUGUCGUCUCAGGAGGGCCGCAGCGUGUCCAGGAUGUCCCUGAGCAGGUCUCCCGUCUCUCCUCUGGCGGCCCAGGGCAUCCCCUCCGCCGCCCAGCUCACCAAGGCCAACGCUCCCGUCCACAUUGACGUGGGCGGGCACAUGUACACCAGCAGCCUGGCUACGCUCACCAAGUACCCAGAGUCCAGAAUCAGCCGCCUCUUCAAUGGCACAGAGCCGAUCGUGCUGGACAGCUUGAAGCAGCACUACUUCAUCGACAGAGACGGAGAUAUAUUCCGCUACAUCCUCAGCUUUCUCAGGACAUGCAAACUACUGCUUCCAGACGACUUCAAGGACUUCCCCCAGCUGUACGAGGAGGCUCGUUUCUACCAACUGGCGCCCAUGGUGCGUGAGCUGGAGCGCUGGCAGGCUGAGCGGGAGGCCCAGAGGACAGCGCCCUGUGAGUGCCUGGUGGUGCGUGUGACCCCUGACCUCGGGGAGAGGAUCGCCCUGAGCGGGGAGAGAGUCCUCAUCGAGGAGAUCUUCCCCGAGACCGGAGACGUCAUGUGCAACUCGGUGAACGCCGGCUGGAACCAAGACCCCACCCACGUCAUCCGCUUUCCUCUCAACGGAUACUGCCGGCUGAACUCUGUGCAGGUUCUGGAGCGUCUGUUCCUGAAGGGCUUCAGCGUGAAGGCGUCGUGUGGGGGCGGGGUCGACUCCUCCCAGUUCAGCGAGUACGUCUUGUGCCGUGAGCUCCAGAGGACCCUGGUCACCACGCCCGUCCGGAUCAAACAGGAACCUCUGGACUAGCGGAGCUUCAUCCUCACCUCUGCUCUGCAGGGGGGACGACUCCUGUCCGCACCGAGAGACUUGUAGAGGAAGCUGAAAUCCGUUUGUUUCUAAGUCAUUUUGACUCUUCGUUAUGGUUGCCAGGUUGGUGGAGAUUGUUCCUGGUCGAAUGAGCUUCAGUCUCACGUCGAAGCUUCGGUCCACUGGCAGGUUACAGGAGAGUUACAAGUGAAACACAGUUUGUCAUCAAUUAACUUACAAUUAUUCAACACAUGUGGGUGUCACCUUUCUAUAUUGGGACAGAGCACCAGCCUCUGUCUGUGCUGAAGACAUUGCUGUACAUAGAUGUGGUGGAAGGGUGGUUUUACAUGUAAUAUGGAGCCAACAGGGACAUUUAAAGACUUUUUUAACAAAAACAUAAACACCCGUUUCAGUCACUGAUGUUUUAACGUAUUAGUUUGUUGAUUCUCAUGUUGUAUUGAUAAAAAGAUCAAGUCUUCAAUGUAUAGGAACACACACAUCCAUACUCUGCAAGUCUACUAUUGUUUUCCUCUCUUCGAUCACCUCAGCAGUUUAAUGAGACGCUCAAAACAGCCUGACGCCGAACAAGAAGACGUUUCUUUUGAAUCCAUUUCUUUAUUUUAAUUUUUUUUGCAAAGGUACAAACAAUAGUAAAAUUGCAUUGCCUGAAAUGAAUCAGGUUUGAAUACAGACUGUAGGAAAUAUAAAUAGUCACAAAAAUGUGUCCUUCAAAGGAUGAUAGCUGGAUGUUCAAGACCCAGGUUCUGACUGAAUUUACAAACACCACAGCUUGAUGUAUCUGUUAGAUCUAUGCACUAUACAAAUAAAUGCCCAUAACAGUAAAAAAAAGAAAGUUAAAGCAUUAAAAACCCUUAAUGUACAGUCAUUCCAAAAAAGUCAAAUGAAAGUGACAACAUUUCAGCACAUUGGGAAGCUGUGGACAAUUCCAUUUAUGUUAGAAAAUACUGAACAGAGACUAGGAAAGAUAUUCUGAGCAUUAAAAGUAGUUUAUAAUUAGAAUCUAAGAUGGUGGGUUUUGUAUAGAGAGCUGUCGCAUUAUUGUACAUGUUGGAGAAAAUAGGGGUGAACCAUACCAGACUGACGCCUGUUGUAAUAACGUCAUGUUGAAUUCAUUAGGCGUCAAUUAUCUCUGUUCAAAUGAGCCAGAAGUGGAGGAGAACCAGCUCCCUGUAAUCUGUAGGGUGAGAAUCAUCAGGAAUCCUACAUUUAUUUUAAAACACGUCAGACCAGUCAGAAGCCACGGGGAGGGGACAUGGGGAGGAGGGAGAGGGGACAUGGAGGAGGGGACAUGGGGAGGAGGGAGGGGACAUGGGGAGAG